AUGUGGCCCCUGAGCUUUGGCCUGGCAUGCUGCGCGCUGGAAAUGAUGCACAUGUCCAUGCCACGCUACGAUCAAGACCGCCUCGGGAUCAUCUUCCGCGCUUCGCCUCGCCAGUCGGACGUGAUGAUCGUGGCUGGCACGGUGACCAACAAGAUGGCUCCGGCUCUGCGGCAGUGCUACGACCAGAUGCCCGAGCCCAGAUGGGUCAUCAGCAUGGGCAGUUGCGCCAACGGAGGCGGUUACUACCACUAUAGCUACAGCAUCGUUCGAGGUGUAGAUCGGAUCGUCCCCGUUGACGUGUAUAUUCCGGGCUGUCCACCGACUGCGGAGGCGACCCUCUACGGAGUCUUUCAGUUGCAGAAAAAGAUGCGGAGGACGAAAAUCACGCGGAUGUGGGGUUGGUGGGGGCGGAGCGCACUAGUGCCAGGCACGAUCAGGCGCCCGAGCCACCGCCCCCACCGCUGCCUGCUUAUCGCUGCUCCGUAUUUAACCCAUCACAAUCCUCAUCUCUCUUUCCUUUCAUCAUCUCACAACACCUCUUACCGCACUCACAACACCAUCAUUAUGGGACAGACUAAAGAUCUCCCUCUCGACCCUCCUCUCUCUGCCUCCUCAUCCUCCCUCCCUCAUCCUCUCGCAGAUGACGAUCUUCCCCCCGCAUACAACGAAACAGACGAGAUAACAACACCCUACCGCGACGACCCGCUCUCCCCACCCCACGAGGCCUACACCAUCCCAGGUCACCACCGCUACCAUAGCAUCCGGGAAAAGAGCCGUCACGCCGGAGUCGUCACGCUGGACCCCGUCUUCUCCUCCGACGCCGAAGCCCUGUACAGUUUUGUCGACAAGCAGACCCGCCUCCCCCCGCGACCAUGCCUGAUCAUCGGCGGCCAGCACCACGAGAAGGAGCGGCGGGGGAAUGAAUCCACCCGCAAGGCAGUCUGCGACUUCAACUUCCGCAUCGACCUGACCCGCACCCUGCUCACCUGGGGACCCGGCGUGCGCAGCGGCCCGGUCCAGCGCUGGUCCUACACCACCGUCGUCGGCGACCACGACAACCAGAAAGCGUAUCGCGGGGGCCGCCGACCGACGCGCGGGGCGCGCACAAGCUCGGGCGGUCGCAUCGCACUGCCGGCUGAUAACACGGAGCUUGACGAAGGAGAGCGACUGAUGGGCUUGGAGGCCGGGGAUAGCCAGGGCGAGGAUUCCCCGGGGCUUCGCGGGUGGUGUCGACGCUUCUGCAGCGAUCCUGCUCCGGUGAAAUCAUUCACAUACCGGCGCAACCUCAACGGCUUCGACGCCGCCCCCAUGCGCACCAAGCUCAUCUCCCACAUCCGCUCGACCGGCUACCAGGGCCACGUGCACGUCGCCCCCUCACUCGCCAACGGCAUGAUCACCAUCUACUCGCCGCACUGGGUCAACCGCCUCCGCAACCAUGGGUUCGUGUACUGGGCGUGCAUCAUCCUCCAGCUCUGGAUCAUCACCUGGCCGAUCAUCUGGUUCCUGGAGCGGAGGUACGAGGUGGUGCGGUCGGAGUGGUAUUCCUCCCAGCUUGUUUGCGAUCCGGCCCACCCCGAUGGUCAACGGAAGGUGUACGCGGGCAAUCAAGAUGAGCUGACGGCGGCUGAGGCAUGGGCGCCCGUCGUGCGCGAGGCGGUGUGGCAGGGGCGGAAGGGUGGGGAUAUUCUCGGGGAGGAGGAGGUGGAGCGGCUGCGGCGUCUCGGCACCCAGCGCAGCGAGGCGGUCGGCCAGGGCGGUGAAUUGAUCCGUCGCGGCCAGGCGGUCUUGGGGUUGAUGGGCAUCCGCAAUAUCGGCGGGGUAAAUGUGACGGGGGCUUGGGGGGGAGAUCAGUGUUGA